AGAAAGCCUGAGUAGAGGAGAUUGAUCACAGUUGUCGCGAAUUCCGCAGCGGGCGCCGAUUUGUUCACCGGUGGAAGUUGUUACCUGUUUGAACGGGGAGGGAAGAGUUCGUUUGACGGGAGAGGCGAGCCGAAGCGGUCACGGAUCCACGCCAUGUUGUACAUGAAUAGAAUUAUGAGGAACUGUUUCAUAGGCUUUCUAUGUCUUGUCCUAUGGAGACGGCAGCAUCUGCAUUCAACUCUUGCUCAAGGUCAUCUGCCACCUGAUUUUGAAGUCACUGAGGGCCAUCGACCAAACAUUCGUUUGGAUAAGAAUCUUGUUCAAGAUAAAGAUCACAUUAUGGAGCACUUAGAUGGUGUGAUAGACAAACCAGAAUCUGAGAUGACGCCACAAGAACUUCAACUUCAUUACUUCAAAAUGCACGAUUAUGAUGGAAAUAAUCUUCUUGAUGGACUGGAAUUAAUAUCAGCCAUCACACACGUACACAAAGAGGAAAGUGGUGGCCAAGGACAGCCCAUGAGUGAAGAAGAAAUUGUUAGUUUAAUUGAUGACGUUUUAAGAGAUGAUGACAAGAAUAAUGAUGGAUACAUUGAUUAUGCUGAGUUUGCUAAAUCACUAGAGUGAAAAGGACAAAUCAAGGAGUGAUAAUACCCAUUUUCUGAUAUCCAUAGCGGAAGCGAUUAAAUAUAUUUUUAUUAUUGGUGAAGGUCAGUUAACUUUAUUUUCUUAACAACUGAGCCAAUCAUAGGUUAUCAGCCUCUUAAAAAAACAGAAGGUUAGCUUUUGUGUAAUGACUGCAAACCUUUUAAACUUUCACUGGAUACCUGUGAAUAUUUUUGUGCAAUUUAUAAAUGAAACCUAUACAAGGGUAGCGUGUUACAUUGCUAUCCAAUGUUGUGAAUUUUUCAUUAGCAACAUACUAUAAGUAAAACUAACUCUGAAGUGUUGACAUUUCACUUUAGAUCAUCACAUUGAAUAAUUUGUAUUUAAAAUGUUAUUACAAAGUUACGUAGUCAGAAUUUUAUUUAGCAGUAUAAGGCAAAUGGAUAAAUUAGAAAAUUAUAAUUCCUAUUCUGUUUGUACUUUUAUGUUCAAUGUCUGUUGUUUCAAACCUGCAAAUCAAAUGUGGUGGCCAAUACAUGCACUAGUUAUAUAGUAUUACUGUACAUACGAAAAUUGAUAGGUAGUGCUUGUGAAAUAAACUAUUAGUUUCAGGAGCUCAGUUGUGUAAUGUAAUGUUGUAACUGCUCAUCUUUUUGUUACAAUUGACUUUUAGUUAAGACAUUGAACUGUUCAGUGGUCGGUUUUUGGUAUACCAUUUGGUAGUGUAGGACAUGGUUUUCCACCGAUCAUUCUGUGCUAAGCCGUCAGAAGCAAAAAGAAGAGUACGUGCUACUGACUGACUGACCAAGUUUAAGCAGUUCUGUGGUAUUUGGGAUACAGCAUCAGUGUUUGUUUAAAAGCUAUAUGUUUACAAGAGCAGUAGUUUUGUUAUGUGUCGAUUAAAAUGUAUUAAUUUUAAAA